AUGCUACGCCAUCAGCGAACCGAUCUGGGGUCAGUGAACUGGCCCAGUCUCCUUGAUGCUGUGGCGAAGAAUCUUGUCGAUCAAGACUUGGACGGAUGGUUCCGUCCAAUCCCGGGCCCGUCUAUUCUCCUGAAGAAGCGAAAUGUCGCACACGAUUUGCUUUUCGAGGAUGAAGAUUAUUUCGUGGCACUUCCGGUGCCGCCUUUGGCGGCUGCUCCUGCACCGGGUGUGGCGGCCACUCCGGUGCCACCUGUGGCGGCUGCUCCUGGUGGAGCAGUGCAGACGGCUGGGAACUGCUUGGCUGAUGGACAGCCUCCGACGGCUUCCAACCGCUCGCUGGGUUCGGCUGCUCUUGCAGCGGACACCUCGGCACCCGAGGAUUCGACGCCGGCCAUGAGCUUCUUAAUGAACACGGCCCGCAGAUCGUUGGAUCAGGUGUUCGCCAGUGCAAAUGAUGAGAAGGCUGUCAAGCCGAAGGAGAACAAAAAGAAGAAGAAAGAAGAGAAGGACGGCACUUCCUCGCCUUCGGAGGAGAGCUCGUCCGCCGAGAAGAGCGAUCUGGAGCUGGACGACUGUGCUUCGCUGUUUGGCCUCGUGAAGAAGGAUUUGACCCGCCCGAGCACAGCUGUUCGACUCGACGAUCUGAGCUGUCGCCAGUUGGGUUUCGUGAUGGCGAAUGUGCUCGAGGCAGUGGAAGGCCUGCUGAUUGAUCGUGCUUGCACGGCGAAGCGGAACAAGCAUGGGGCAGAGCACAACAGUGCCCUCUUCGAGGCCAAGACGGCGGCGACGGUCUGGAAGAAGCGACUGGCAUCGCUGCUGAGCACCCGAUCCUUGUUCUUGAGGAAGAACAAAGACAGCCGGGCUACGUUCGCCGAGAAGAUCGAGCAGACCAUGGUUCGCCUUCGUGAGGCAGAUUGUUUUCAGAACCAAGAAGCCAGCGAAGAUCUGAAGAAGUGCUUGGGAAAGCCGGGCAAAGCCAAGGCGACUGCCGAGCCGAAGAGUGCGAAGAAAAAGCGAAGGAAGUCUGAGAAGAAGCCAGAGGGCCCACCCAAGAAGAAAGCCAAGCUCGUGGUUCCCAAGGAGGAGUCCGAUGAUGACAACGACAAGACGGAGCGAACAGAGAAAAAGGACAAGGACAAGGACGGCGACGGCGACGGCGAGCUCCUCGAUCCGCAUGUGCCGACUCCUCCGUCGGACGCCUUCAGCAGUCCAGAGCCGGAGCCAGAGGACGACGACGAGCAGGCUUCCCAGCCCGACUCCGAGAUGAUUGACAAUGAUGAUGCAGAGGACGAGGAGGACGGCGACGACGACGACGAUGAGGAUAUCUUCACAGGCCCUUACAAGGUCUUGCAGAAGGCCCCCUCCAAGGAGCAGCUCUUGAAUGCCCUGCCUCCCAAGCUCGCUGCCCAGAAGUCCAAGUUGGAUGACGACCUUCUGAAAACAAUCCCGCAGACGGUCUCGCAGGCUGACUUCGACAACUGGAUCGCUGUGCUCCUCAAGGAGGAUAUGCUGUCUUUGAAGGACGUGCAAGCAUGCUCAGGCAUGGAAGGGCCGCUGUCCUCGCAUCUAUCCGUGUCCAAGUCCUUCUACAACAAGAUCUCCAUAAAGGGCAAGCAGCUCUUCGAUACAUGGGUGGAUUCGUUGAGGUAUCCUGCAGAGGCCCGAGUCAGUACUUAUGGUUGGUUUGCGGUUUCUCUUCAGCCAACCCCAAUUGAUCCCUGCCGGCCAGGACACCCGAGUAUCCACGCCGACAGGUCGCCGCCCAGCAAAUGCCAAGUUGUCUUCGACGUAGUAGCUUCCUGA